AAUAAAUAAAACAAGGCUUUCACGUUUAAAUAAAACGUAAUAUACGUCCAUCGUCCAUCUCUAAAUUAAUAUUAAUCACUGUUAUUAUAAUCGCGUAACAAUUGGAUAAAAAAAAAUUAAAGACAAAAUAUAUAACAGCUGCCGUUUGAAAUAUAAAUUCCCCUCUCCUAUAAAUUAAAUUUUUUUACCUCUCUAGGCUUGGAGCCUUCCAGUUCUCAGUACAUUUCUCCGUUUGCUCUUUUAAUCAGACAAUAUAACUCGGUAAACUUGCAAUUAAACAAUGUCAAUAAUUAAAUUGUCCAUUCAAUUUAUUUUUAUUAUUUUACUUCCCGUUUGGGCAGAGACGGACAUUGAUAAAUAUUUUCCAGCUUACGCGGUCGCUAAAUACUCUCGGGGUUUAAAAAACUCGAGUUGUAAGAGUCAACUGGAGGAAUUUAAACUUGGAGUAGAUGCCAAGGUGCUUUGGAGUCUUAAAGUUUUAGAUGCUAGCGGUGAACCAAAACCUGGAUUUUUUUAUGGGAAUAAUUAUUGGCUCGGUUUACGGAGUCAAUGUUUUGAUUUGGAAAUAAAAGAGCCUUUGGAGUUGGAUCAAGAAUUUUUAAAAAAUAAUUCAAGGUACCGGAAAAAAAGUCUCGAGUUUCCACCCUUUCCGUUGAAUUACUUUGUUGUUAAAUUUAAUCACAACAGCACCAAUCAGUAUCACUUUAGGAUUAAAAAUGAGGACAUAAUAACAUUGGGAUUAUGUUUGCCCGAAUCUUGUCUACCAGAAGAAUUGACCGAAAUAAUUAAACAGAUCUUCGAUAAAAGAAUCCUUGCAAUCAGUAAUUUGUAUUCCGCAGACUUUACCCUUUUGGAAAUUUACGAUUUAAAAGACAAUCAUCAGUGGCUUAUCAAUUGGCGGAUAAUCUGUAUAUGCUGUAUCCUGAUUGUAACGGUGAUAAUGGCAGUGGUUGGAACGACUUGUGAUAUAAUUGUUAAUCAGCGACGUCAAAAAUCUAAGGACAAAAAAAAUGUUAUUAAGAAAAUAUUAAUUUGUUUUUCCGUAUAUACAAAUUCGAAAAUAAUAUUCAAUACUAAAAUAAAUAAAGAUUCUGUUGCGUCGAUUCACGGACUUCGUUUCUUCGGAAUGCUAUGGAUAAUUAUGAUCCACACGGUUUACUACUCAAAUGAUUACGUUGACAAUAGAACAACAGUCUGGCGAUUAUCUCAAGACUUACCCGCUCAAAUUCUCACCAACGGGAGUCUAUCUGUUGACACUUAUUUCUGUCUCAGUGGAUUCUUGGUCAGUUGGCUAUUUUUUAGUCGACAUAAAACCCGUGAAAAUCCACCAGUCAGAGAGCACAAAUUCCGGUGGUUAGAUUAUUUUGGACUGAUAGCUAAGCGUGUCAUAAGACUUACUCCAGCGUAUUUAUUAAUUAUCGGAAUUGCUGAAAUAAAUUUUGGAUGGUACGCUGAAACAUCAGCUUUCAGAAUAUCUGAAAAACCUCAAGAAAAUUGUCCCCUGUAUUGGUGGAGAAAUUUAUUGUACAUAAACAAUUUAUUUCCUUGGAAUCAAGCAUGCUUGUCUUGGAGCUGGUAUUUAUCAAACGAGAUGCAAUUUUAUAUUAUUGGAACUUUUUUACUUAUUUUAUCAGACUUAUAUUUUAAAAUAGCUGCUGGAGCUUUGAUCAGUUUUUUAAUUAUUUCAAUGGUAAUCAAUUGUAUAAUUUCUUCAACAUACGCUUAUACGACCAUAGAUACCCGUAGGUUAGAUCAAUUAUGGAAUCUAAUGGAUGUUGUAUAUUCACCUCCUUGGAUGAGAAUUGGCCCUUAUUUAAUAGGAAUUGUUGCUGGAUAUAUUUUAACAAAGCUCAAGGGUAAAUUAAUUCUCAAACGAAAAAUAUUAUGCUUAUUUUGGAUAAUAGGAAGCAUGUGUAAUAUUUUGACACUUUUUGGACUUUACGGGCGUCAUCUUUCAAUAGCCACCACUGCAAUUUAUGUUGCAGUAAGCCGAAUUACAUGGGCUAUAGGUAUAUCAUGGUUAUUAAUUGCCUGUCAAACCAACAAUGCCGGUUUUAUAAACAAAUUAUUAUCUUUUAAAAUAUGGAUACCUCUAAGCAGACUUACUUAUUGCGCGUAUUUAUUAAAUCCUCUUCUUAUUAAUUCUAUUUAUCUUCAAUCUGAAUCGGCAAUUCACAUAGACUUUCUUCCAACAAAAACCAUGUUCCUUGGAAUCGCCUUCAUGACUUAUUUUUGUGCAUAUAUUGCUACUAUUUUACUCGAGACUCCUUAUAUUUUAUUGCUUAAAAUUUUUAAGUCAUAAAUUUUGUAAAUAUAUAUUUUAUAAUUUGAAUAAAAUCUAAAAUUUAUAAUUGUAAAA